UGGGAACGUGCCUAAGUUAUCUAUUAAACUAAAAUUCUGAUAAAGAAAACAUGAAUAAGCUUAAUAAAUACAUCUUAAAAUGGAUUUUCGGAACAGCUUUGUGAUCGUAUAUACGAUUCUUUGUUUACAUGUGCAAGAGACAUUUCAACAAGCCACUGAGUGUAGGAAUUGUGGUUGCUGCGCCGAGGGAAAUUACGAGACUUGCUCAAGUGGCUACUGCAAUAACGGGUGCAUAGAUGGAUAUUGGGGAACCGCAUGUUAUAACAAGUGCAAUUAUAACUGCCUUAAAUGUUCUGGAAGUGAUGGCUAUUGCUCCGAGUGUAAACCUGGGUACUUCGGGCGGAAAUGUGAGCGUCCAUGCGGAUCUCGUUGUUCUAAAUGCCACAAGACUUAUGGAUGCCAAUCCUGUAAACAUGGUUUUUGGGGAAAUAUUUGCAAUCAACAGUGUAAUGAAUUGUGUUUAGGGUGCAGAAAAUUUGACGGUUACUGCAAUGAUUGUGUAACCGGACACUAUGGUUCAGAUUGUAAUAGUGUAUGUGGAAGCCAAUGUAAAUAUUGCAAUCGACUGGGAGGGUGCAUAACUUGUCACAAUGGGUAUUAUGGCUCAACAUGCGAAAACACUUGUGGCUCUUAUUGUUCCUUUUGCGAUAAGAAUUUAGGUUGUACGUAUUGUUCAAAUGAUAGGUUUGGAAACACGUGUCAAUAUAAUUGUAAAUCGAAUUGCAUUCAUGGAGCAUGCAGGUCUGACAAAGCAUCUUGUUUCUGCUACAGCCAUUUUUCCGGAAAAAGAUGUCAGCGAUGCAGUUUAGGCUUUUUUGGCGCCCAUUGUAGCAAUAAAUGCUCCGUAGGCUGUAAUAAUGAAUGCUCUGAGGACAACGGAUUUUGCACAUGUAAAUCCGGUUGGUCAGGAGAUAUAUGCGAUAAAUGUAUGAAUGGAUUUUACGGCAAUUCUUGCAGCAAACGUUGCCGUAAUAAGUGCGAACAGUGCACAGCGCUGUAUGAAUGUCAGAGUUGUAGGCCUGGUCGCUCUGGAUCCUAUUGUCAGUACAGUUGUGGUAAAGGCUGCAUUCAUGGUAUAUGUUCCAUUUCAUCUAGCUUUUGCAACUGCAUCAAUGAAUAUUUUGAUGAAACACAACAUUGCAAAGAAUGUGUACCUGGAAGGAAUGGUCAAACUUGUCAGCAAGAUUGUCCAACUGCGUGUUUAUCAUGCGAAAAUGAGUCCAAUUGUCUACAUUGUCAAGAUGGCUACUACGGUAUAGCCUGCCAACAUAAAUACCCUAACCAUUGUUCAAAUGAAGUUUGUAAACAGAAUAAUGGUUCGUGUUUUAGGUGUAAGGAUGGAUAUUUUGGAGAGCACUGCAAUAACGCUUGCUCAGAAAACUGCCAAUCUUGUCACAAAUUUGGUUUAUGCACAGAAUGCAGACCUGGAUUUUCAAACACUAACAGGCAGUGCACAUGUAGAACAGACAUUUGCGUCAAUCCUGCAAAUUGCGACUCAUGUACAAAUACGUCUUUUUUUGCUAAUAUGAAUGAGUGUUGCUUGUGCAAUCUCCAUAAAUGUGUUUCCUGUUCAAAUACCUUGGGUACCGUAAAUUGCAAACUUUGCGAAAGUGGAUACUUUCCAGGAAAUAAUGGGCAGUGUGAACCAUGCAUGUCAAAAUGCUUCCAACAUAGAUGUGAUUCCUCAUCGGGAAAAUGUUUAAAAGGAUGCUCUAAUGGAUACUGGAAUCAAAACUGUGAAAAAGAGUGUGAUCCAGAAUGUUCUUCUUGCAAUCAAGAAGAUGGAUUGUGUUCACAAUGCAAAAACAAAACAAAACAUGGGACAGACUGUAGACUGGUAUGCAGCACUACCUGUAAAGAUUCCACGUGUGACAUAGCUGGUUAUUGUACAUAUGGAUGCAUUACAAAUACCUUUGGAAUGCAAUGCGAAAACAAGUGUGAUGAUUAUUGUUCACCAAAGGACAACAUAACACUUUGUUCUGAAAGGACGGGAAUGUGUUUACACGGCUGCAAGACGGGCUACAAGGGAACAUUUUGUCCUCCAGUCAUCACAACAGAAGCGGAACAACAACCAUCGUCAAUUGCGUCUUGGUUCGGGAAUUGGUGGGGUAGUUGUUGCUAUUGUUGCCAUUGUGGUUCUUGGAGUAUUCUUGCUUGGAAGACGAAGAGGACAUUUGAGAAAUAAAAGAAAAUCACAUGAAACAGAACCUGAGAACUUUUCUGCGUUGUACGCAACAGUGAACGAACUAAGACCUUCUAGUGCAGAGAAUGCCAUUGAGGAUACCGACAAUUUUCACUCUGUCACCAUCACAGUAAACUCCAAUUACCAGAGGUUACCACUGAAGAGCUCUGGCAAGGAUAACACGCUUAUUUUGACUGAAGAUAAUCUUG